AUGUCCACUCAACUCGACCCCGCCUCUAUCGCCCUUGUCUCCUUACACGACCCCACACACUUGGACAUCCAGCACUCCCAAACCUUGCACCGCCUGGUGCUCCUGCAGCACUGGAACAUUCCCACCGGCUCCAAGGUGCUGGAACUAGGAUGCGGGCAAGGGGACUGCACGACUGUCAUUGCCUAUGCUGUUGGCGAGCAGGGGAAAGUAGUCGCGGUCGAUCCGGCGGAAUUGGAUUAUGGUGCCCCGUAUACUCUCGGCCAAGCACAGGCUCACAUCUCGCAAGGCCCGCUAGGUGGGCGGAUUACUUGGGUCCAACAAUCCCCCCUGGACUACCUCUCCUCCAUUUCCUUCCCCUCUUCCUCUUCCUCGCCGCCCACCAGUGAAAGUAAGGCCUUUGACGCAACAGUGCUCGCCCACUGCCUAUGGUACUUCACCUCCCCCUCGCUCAUCCUUUCCACCUUCCGCGCCCUCAAGCAGCACAGCAGACGUCUCCUCCUUGCUGAGUGGUCUUUGGUAGCGACACACCCCUCCGCCCAGCCCCACGUAUUAGCUGCGCUUGCCCAGGCAGCACUAGAGUGCCAUAAAUCCGAGAACAGCGACUCGAACAUCCGCACCGUGCUGGGGCCAAAGCGCCUUACCGAGCUAGCUCUGGCUGCCGGAUGGCAGCUAGAGGGUGAAACCCUCGUGCAAUGUGGGGAGGGGUUGCUGGACGGGCAAUGGGAAGUCUCUGCUUGUCUUUCUUCCUCUUUCGAAAGGGAAGUAGAGGAGUUUGUGAGUGAUGAGAGGGAACGGGCAGUGGUUCUUGCAUCACGGGAUGCAUGUGAGGCGAGCUUGGAGGGUAUACAGGGGGGUCGGAAAGGAGUUAGGGCCAUGGAUGUUUGGGUUGCUAACUUCGUUUGA